AUGAAGACAAUUAAUCAGAGCUUGGGAGAUGAUUUCAUACUGGUUGGCUUCUCUGAUCAGCCACGGCUUGAGAAGAUCCUCUUUGUUGUUGUGCUGAUCUCUUAUCUGCUGACACUGAUAAUUAUCCUGGUCUCCUGUUUGGAUUCUGUGCUCCACACCCCCAUGUAUUACUUUCUCACCAAUCUUUCCUUUGUUGACCUCUGCUUUACCACCAGUAUUGUUCCUCAGCUUUUGUGGAACCUCCAGGGCCCAGCCAAGACAAUUAGUCCUAUAGGCUGUGCCAUUCAACUCUAUGUGUCCCUGGCACUGGGAUCCACUGAAUGUGUUCUCCUUGCAGUAAUGGCAUUUGACCGCUAUGCUGCUGUUUGCCGACCACUACAUUAUGUCACAGUCAUGCACCCACGACUUUGCCAGUGUCUUGCAGGAAUGGCGUGGUUGAGUGGCAUAGGCAACACUCUGAUUCAAGGCACCAUCACCCUUCAGCUACCUCGUUGUGGGAACCAUAUGAUCUAUCACUUUAUCUGUGAAGUACCUGCCAUGAUCAAUUUGGCCUGUGUAGAUGUUCAUGACAAUGAGGUCCAGCUCUUCAUGGCUUCCUUGAUACUGCUCCUCCUCCCCCUGGGGCUCAUCUUGGUCUCCUAUGGGCACAUCGUUCAAGCAAUGAUGAGGAUUAGAUCAGCUCAAGCCUGGCGUAAAGCACUUGGAACAUGUGGGUCUCACUUGUUGGUAGUUUCUCUUUUCUAUGGGACUAUCACAGCUGUCUAUAUCCAGCCCAACAGCUCCUAUGCACACAAUAAAGGAAAAUUCAUAACCCUUUUGUACACUGUAGUUACACCCACUCUCAACCCUCUCAUUUACACUUUGAGAAACAAAGAUGUGAAGGAAGCUUUGAAGAGGCUGGUGAAAAAAAAUAAGAGUACAGGAAAACAA